CGUCCCUGGGAUAAAUCGAUGAGACGCAGGUCCAGGCCGAAGCGAUGGCCGCCUAUCCGCAGAGCUGCGUGGAUGCCACCGUGCUGGACUUCGUCGCAGACCUGGCCCUGUCUUCCCCGAGACACCCCCUCCUCUGCGACUUCGUACCUGGGGUCCCCUUUGGGGACCCAGCCCUUGCGCUCCGAGAGAGAAGACCCAGACGGAUGGCGCGGUUUGAGGAGGGGCGCCUAGAAGAAGAGGAGGGCGAAGUAGACGAUGGGGAUGAUGAAGAGGAGGAGGAAGAGGAGCGCGGGAGAGGCGCCUCCCUACUGGGCCGCCCCAAGAGGAAAAGGGUGAUCACAUACGCCCAGCGCCAGGCCGCCAACAUCCGCGAGAGGAAGCGGAUGUUCAACCUCAACGAGGCCUUCGACCAGCUGCGGAGGAAGGUGCCCACAUUUGCUUAUGAGAAGAGGCUGUCCCGGAUCGAGACCCUACGCCUGGCCAUCGUCUACAUUUCCUUCAUGACUGAGCUCUUGGAGAGCUGUGAGAAGAAGGAAACUGGCUGAGCCGGGGUGGGAAGAGGGGUGUCUGCGCGCCCUUCUCGCCUGGCUGCGCACAGACUCGGGCGUUCCAGUACCUGGCGGUGGGUGCGGCUGAAA